AUUUAAACCAGCUACAUCCGAUAAUUUUCAGGUGGCAUCACCAAUCUGGCAGCACCAAAACAAACAGCCGUCAAUGUGAGGGCAUCAAAAGAAUGUGCAAUUCAAAUAAAAACUGAAUAAUAAUAAAAGUAAACAGCAAAGAGCUAAUUGGGCUAAGGAAAGGUCCUCGAUUAUAAUGUCUGAAGAGAAGACAGUAAAUCUGCUGUGGAACUGCGCCAAAGAGCUGACCACUCAAACACACGCCGAACGCCUGCUAAAAUCCUACUACAUAAAUACGUGUCGCAAGGUGGCCAGGCACAAUGUUCAACUGCCCGAGGAGAUCGUUGGCCCGGCUCGCAUGUGCGCCCGUUGCGGCAAUCAGUGGUGCGACGGCAACUAUCGACUCCAGCUGCGACCCCAGCGCCUGGCGAACAAUGCGAAGAGGCGUCGGCAGAUCGCCCAACUGGAUGCGGCCAAUGCCAAGCGUGAGGAGAGGGGCACACUGAGCAGGGGGGCGCGCAAACGGGCCAAAUGGCUGAAGAAGCGCAUGGUCAGCAAUAUGGCACUGAACUGUGAGUUUUGCGGGCAUAAAACAAUGUUGCCGUUGGAAAAGCCUAAAAUACGCGCCAAAAACGAUAGCACACAAAAAACAAUGGCAGCAGCACAUACAACAACAAUAACAAUAGCUAAAGCAGCGCCAGCGACGAGCAAGCGCAAAAAAAAGAAUAAAAAUAAAGACAUCAAUGCUGGGCUCAAACUACAACAACAAGAACAACAAAGUAAAAAAGCGCCGACAGCGCCCACAAAAAAUACAGCAACAACAACAAAGACGUCGCAAACACAAAGCAACAAACAAAAGAAGCAGAAAUCGAAAGCAGCGACGCCAACGCCCGCUGCGAGCAGCAAGGCAACCGCAUCCAGCAAAAAAAUGCAAUCGAAAACACAAAAGCAAAACGCGCUGCUUCAGCUGGCAGCUCAGCUGAAAACGCACGCGUCGAAAAACGCCAGCAAAACGGCACAGAAUCGCCUGCAAGCGUUUCUCAAGUAAAAAUAAUAAAGUAACAUUUGUUUGUUUAACUUAAA